CUUCGACACACAAGGUCAAAAGAUCAACAUGCAUCAAGCUUCUGUUGUUGUUUUUUUGGUUGUCGUGAUAUGUGCCGUUUCGUACGCGCAUCAUCAUCACCACCAUCAUAUGCGACAUCACAAACAUCAUCAUCAUCAUAUGCGACAUCACAAACAUCAUGGACAUCAUCACCAUCGCCAUCGUCAUGGUCAUGGUCAUCAUCACCACGGACACCAUCACCACGGACACCAUCACCAUGGACACCAUCACCACGGUCACCAUCACCAUGGUCACCACCAUCACGGCCACCACCAUCACGGCCACGGCCACAGCCACGGACAUGAGCAUCAUCAUCACCAUCACCAUCACCAUCACCAUAGUAGUGGCAGUAGUGGCAGUAGUGGCAGCAGCGGAAGCAGUGGUAGCAGCGAAAGCAGUGAAAGUAGCGGUAGUAGUGGCAGUGGUAGCAGCGGCAGCAGCAGCAGUAGCAGCAGCAGUGAUAGCACUUACAGCAGCAGCAGCAGCGGCAGCGGCAGCAGCGGUAGCAGCGAAUACAGCAGCGGCAGCAGUGGAAGCAGCUAUUCCGGCGACAGCGGCAGCAGUGGAAGCAGCUAUUCCAGCGACAGCGGCAGCAGUGGAAGCAGCUAUUCCAGCGACAGCGGCAGCAGUAGUGGUAGUAGUGGCAGCAGCGGCAGCUACAGCUCAGAAUCAGGAUCUUCGGGAUCUUCCUCUGGGUCAUCCGGUUCCUCGGGAUCUUCGGAAUACGUUGUGGUUGAAGACUAGAGAGGUUGCUUGUUUGUCACAUGUUCAUGUCGGUGUUACCAGUAAUAUUGUGUAAUUUCUUUACAUUUUACUGUUUUAAAUCCGUCAGCUACAUCAACUUCUUUCGGCUAUGAAGAACUUUUCUUUGUGAUGUAGAUGUGCGUACGCAGUAUAAUUCACAUCAGAAACAAAAGGAAACAAUUACGAUUCCAAUACAUUUACGUACUAAACAAAAGCAAGAUGGCAUUUAUUAUACAAAAAUAUCCAUAUAUGCCUCCAAAAAUAUGCCUCUUUCAUGGACAAUUGAUCGAAUAACUACUUGUUGAGACUCAAGUCUUUGAGUGAGUGAGUGAGUGAGUAUCGUUUUACGCCGCUUUUAGCAAUAUUCCAGCAAUAUCACGGCAGGGGACACCAGAAAUGGGCUUCACACACUGUACUGAUGUCGGGAAUCGAA